UUCAUAAUCUCUGUCUCUCUCUCUCCUCUCUCUCUCUAUAUGUAUAUAUAUCUGUCUGUCUGUCUGCUUUGUAGGCAGAGAUUUCUCUGAUACAUAAAUUCUUGCUGCCCUUUUUUAAGUAUCUACACAGUUGGACUGCCGCUACUGCUAUUUCUGCAAUGAUAACUGUACUAAUACUGUAUAUUUUUGCCUUUUUUUCAUUCUUGAUAAUGAAUUUUUUACUGGGUUUUUGACGUUCUGGGAAACUGAUUAAUAUUUAUUUUUUAUUUUAUUAUUAUUACUUCUUAUGCUAUUGCCCUGUUCUGCUAUUUUUGCCAACAAAUACAUUAGAUUAUAUUUAAUCUGCUUUGAUGACUCCAUGCAUGAAUCGGAGAUUUGUAAUCUAUGCCAUAGGAAACCCAGAAAGCUCGUUUUAUUAUUUUUUUGCAUAGAAUUGCACUCUUUCUCUCUCUCUCUCUCUCUCUCUCUCUCCUCCCAAUGCUUACCUACUUGCAGAGUAUCUAGAAAGAUAUGGAGGAGUAUUGUGGUAUCAAGAAAGACAUCACCCAGGUAUACUUUCCUUCUUAUUUUCAUGGUUCCUGUUGUUAUCUUAAAUAAUGUACCUCUGCUUAUAACUUGUGAGUCAUCUUCUUCUUCCUUUUCAUUGGGACUUGAUGGAGUUAAUCGGUAACACUCCUAUGGUAUAUCUCAAUAAGAUCGUGGAUGGUUGUGUGGCUACCAUUGCUGCCAAGCUUGAAAUGAUGGAACCCACUUCUAGUGUUAAAGACAGAAUUGCGUACAGCAUGAUCAAAGAUGCAGAAGAUAAGGGAUUGAUUACUCCAAGGAAGACCAUCCUCAUUGAACCUACCAGUGGUAACACAGGCAUUGGAUUGGCUGCGAUUGCUGCAGUGAAGGGUUACAAAAUUAUACUCAUAAUGCCUGCUUCAUAUAGUCUUGAAAGAAGAAUCGUGUUGCGUGCUCUUGGAGCUGAGGUUUGCCUUACUGAUCCAACCAAGGGCUUUGCUGGAGUAGUCGAGAAGUGUGAGGAGAUACUAAGUAAGACACCUAAUGGGUAUAUGCUUAGGCAAUUUGAUAAUCCUGCGAAUCCACAGAUUCAUUAUGAAACCACUGGACCAGAAAUAUGGAGAGACUCAAGAGGGAAAGUUGAUGCCCUGGUUGCAGGGAUUGGAACCGGUGGAACCGUGACUGGAGCUGGGAAAUUCCUCAAGGAGAAAAACACAGAGAUCAAGGUGUAUGGUGUAGAACCGGCUGAAAGUGCAGUCUUAAAUGGAGGAAAUCCUGGUCCACAUCUGAUCCAGGGUAUUGGUGCUGGUAUAAUCCCUAGUGUUUUGGAUGUUGACUUGCUAGAUGAAGUUCUUCAAGUAUCAAGUGAAGAAGCUAUUGAAACUGCUAAGCUUCUUGCGUUGAAAGAAGGUUUACUGGUUGGUAUAUCUUCUGGAGCUGCAGCAGCAGCUGCAAUUAAGUUGGCAAAGCGGCCUGAAAGCACUGGGAAACUCUUUGUUGUGAUAUUACCUAGUUUGGGGGAGCGUUACCUAUCUACAAAGCUUUUCGAUUCAGUUAGGCAUGAAGUGGAAAACUUGACUUUUGUUUGAGAUAUUACUUAUUUGCUUCAAUUGGGAAAUAAUUCACAAAGUUUCAAUUUUUUCUUUUUGUUCUUCAUGUUCCAUUUCCUAAAGAUUGUAACUCAUGUACUACUCCCAUGUACUUCAAUAUCAGGUUUUUUUUUUUUUUUUU